AUGGCUCAAACCGCCGAGACACAUUGGAGAAAAGUACUGAUAGUCGUACCAAUAGUUGGCACGGCUGUCGCGACAAUCAUCUACGCACUUCGUCUUUAUGCUCGGCAUAUGGUCAUACAGAAACUGCGAGUCGAGGACGUGUUCAUGGGCAUAGGUCUGAUCUUUACCUGGGGUGUUGCAGUUUGUACUGUAUACGCGGCCUUCAAGGGCAUUGGGAAUGGGAGAACUAUUUGGACAUUAGAGCCUAGAGAACGGGGUAGUAUUGCACUGGCCGACUGGAUUCUCCAGAAGUUCUGGCCCGCUGCUCAAAUCUUCGUCAAAAUUUCCAUCAUUCUUUUCCUUCGCCGCCUCCUUGAUUGCGUUCCAAGUUUCAGAAUAUACGCAACAAUGGUCAUCGUUCUAGUGGUCGCGUGGGGGAUUACUGCGAUAGUGGGAAAUACCUUCCAAUGCUGGCCAGUACAAUACUAUUGGAUCAAACACAUACAAGGCGACUGUAUGAGUGGCCAGAACACGUUUUUCAUUAUCAUUGGUUCUGUAUCGCUGGCCCAAGAUGUGCUCAUUCUAUGCCUGCCACUACCGAUAGUAUGGAAGCUACAGACCCCAUUGCGACAGAAGAUUGAGAUCACGCUGCUAUUCUCAAUUGGUUGCAUGUAUGCGAAAAACCCCAAGCAGAGUAAAACCCGAGUGCUAAUUGUCUACAGAGUCUGCAUAUUCAGCGUUUUUCGAUUGAUUGCAUUGAGAGAAUUCCAAACAGAGAACUUAACAGGUGGUGAUUUUUCCAUAGCACACAGCUCCUUUACCUUGCUCUGGACAAUCUUGGAACUCGACGUGGCGAUCAUAUGCGGAUGCCUCCUUCUAAUGAAGCCAUUUUUCCAGUCCUGUAUAGGAUAUAUGCGAAAUGGCACCACACGGCUGAACAGCGGAUCUCAGUCCCGUGGCUGA